AUGAUAAACGAUAUGUGUGAGGAGCAUCCAAACAAAAAAAUAAUUUACAUGUGUUUAUAUAAUGACACUUGUAGGAAAAAGCUUUGUGAAAUCUGUUAUCAAUCACAUGAAUAAAUAACUUCAUAACCUAGCAGAAUAAUUAAGAUAGAGUGGAUCACACAUAAAUCUACUGUAAAAAAUAUUGAAAAAGAAUUUGUCUAAAUGUUAGAAUAGAAACAAAAUUUAAAUAAAUUUAAAUUAAACCAGAUUAUUGAAUAAGUAAUAAAAUUCUUUGAGGAAUUGAAAAUGAUUAAAAGGUUUAAAAUGGAUAAUGAUGAAUAUUUGGAUGUUACUGAAAAUGAAUUCUAAAUAAAAAAUAUGCUUGAAUAGAAAAAGACAAUACUUAUAAUCAUUAAUUAAAUUCUAUUAACACAAUAAGAGAUCUUAAAGAUUAAUAAUCAAGUGGAUAUGCAAAGCCUGAUAUAUUCUACAUAUUAAGAGAAUUAUAAGUAAAUUUAUAAUUGUUAUUUUUUCAGUAACACAAUAUUAUAAGGGCCCACUAUAUUUGGAUUUCUACAUGGAAAAUAUGUUAGAAUUAUAGAUGGGGUUUAAAAAUAAGUAAAAUUAAAUUCUAUAAAAGGGAUACAAUAUGCAGCUGAGCCAAAUAAUAGGUAAAUGGAGGAAAUAUGGAAUUAAAACAAAAAAAAUUCAAAAUUAGAUGAGUAUUUAAAUUGAAUAAAAUGAAGAAGAGAUAAGUUAUAUUAAGGAUGGAUAAAUAUAAAAAAUAGUAUGAUAAAAAAUUUAUCAAGAAUAAAAUCAGGAGAUUAGGUUGAAUUGAACAUUCUUUAGAUCACAAAUAUGGAUUGGUUUGGAAUAUAUAAAAAUGAAAAGAAAUAUGGAAGAUGGCAUAUCUUAUGGAGAGGCGAUAAUUUGAAUAUUGGUGGUGAUUUUAAUGAAAAUGGAGCUAAAACUGGAUAGUGGACAGAGAUAUUUGAAAAUUAUCGAGAGUAUGAUUAUAUUUUGAUUAUAAAAGCAUUUUCUAAGUUUAUUUUAAUGGACAAUACUAAAAUUGAAUAAAAAUUGGAUAAUGGAAUAUAGAUUAUAAUAAUAAUUCUAUGUAUAUUUGAUUCUAAACUAUAGCCCUUGUGGAUAAUACGAUAACGAAGGAUAAAAAUAUGGAUAAUGGUUAGAGUUGCAUGAAAAUUUUAGUAAGUAUAAUUACUUAAUUUAAAUUUAGUCAAUUUUAAUUCUAUUUUACUGGAGAAUAUUUAAGAGGAGUAAAAUGAGGUAUGUGGGCUAUUAUAUAAGGAUUAAAUUAUAACAAAACUAUGUAAGUAUUAUUAAUUGAUUUAAUUAUUAGAGGAGGAGGUAUAUAUAAUUAAAAAGGAAUGAAAACAGGGAGUUGGAUUGAAUUACAUGAAAAAAGUUAUAUGGAGUAAUUUAUUCUUUCUAUCAGAAAGUUAAGUAGUGAUUUAGUUUGGAAAUUAUCAUAAUGGAAGAAAAAUAGGAAUAUGGAAGAAAAAUAGGAAUGUGGAAUUCAAAAAUAACUAACCAAAUUUUUGGAUAUUUUUAGAACAAUAAUCAUAAAUACAACGAAUUAUUCAGAGAAAAAGGGAAAUAUGAUGAAAAAGAAUAAAAAUGUGGAAAAUGGGUUGAAUACCAAAAAAAUUUUAUUAAUAAGUUGACAAUGAAACAGGAUUAUAUUAAUCAAAUAUCUUGGAUUUGGGGGAUUAUAAGGAUGGACAAAAGGUUGGAUAAUGGGAUAUUCUAGUAGAAUCUGAAGAUAAUGGUUCUUAGUUUAAGUCUAAUUAUUUUAUAAUUUUAAAAGAGGAUUUGGCUUUUAUGAUAAUAGGGGUAUGAAAAAUGGGUUAUGGAUUUAAUUAGAUAAGAACUAUAAAGAGUAAUUUUAUUUGAUAAAAUUUAAAGUUACGAUGAAAUAGUAUUGAUUGGCUCAUAUUAGAAUGGAAACAAAAUGUAAUUAAUUUAAUAUUCUUAAGUGGUGGAGGCUAGUAUGAUUUAAAUGGAAUAAAAUAAGGAAAAUGGCAAAUAUUCAAACUCUUGUCUGGGUUUCAAUUUUAUUUAUUUUUAGGCCUAAAUAUGAAGUACUAUUGUCUUAAUUUACUGGAAUGUAUCAAAAUGGAAAUAAAAUUGAAAAGUGGAAUUAAUAUUAUAAUUUCAAUUUUUUUGGAAGCCUCUUAUAGUAAUAAUUAUAUUAGAUUUUAGGUGUGGAGGAUAUUAUGAUAAUUUAGGGAUGAAAACUGGAAGAUGGAAGGAACAAAAAAAUAAAGAUAUAGAUAUUUUACACUAUAGUAGUGGAUGCGAAGUUGUUCAUGAAGGAGAAUAUCAAAAUGGCAUUAGAAUUGGGAGAUGGGAUAUUUAUGACAAAUAUUAAAAAUAUUAACUGUAGGACAUAUAAUUAUUUAAAUUAGUGGUGGAGGAAAUUACCUUUAGAAUGGUAUUAAAGAUGGCAUAUGGACUGAGCUCUCCUUAAAUUUUACUUAGUUUUAAUUAAAAAUAAUAAUUAGCCGUAGUUGCCGAGUUUGGGAAGGAUUAUACAAAAACGGUUUAAAAAUUGGACAAUGGGAGUUAAAGGAGAAAAAAGGAAAAGAGCUCAAAUAUAAUUAAAUAAUACAAUUCAAAUAGUAGAGUAUGCUUGUAUAAUAAUGUAGCAAUAAAGAUAGAUUAAUAAAUGCAGAUUUCAAACAGUAUUUAUUUAUAAAUUAUUAAGAUUGAUGAAAUUACAUUGA